AUGAUGAUCUCGCUAACGGUUGUUGCCAACUUGAUCCUUUUUUACAGCCUACAUCUACUCAAUGCCCGCGUGUGCGAGGCGUUUCCCUAUUUGGCCCAGAGCAGAGGCAACUUUACCGCGCAAGAGAUUCCGCAAUCGAGAUUGAAAGAUUUGGUCGACAGCUGGGAAAACAAGGAGAUUUUCAGCCAGUUGAAAUUCUCGGAACAAGCAUUUUUCGAUAAGGAGCUGAACGUGGUGGGCACGUUGGAGUUUGCUCGAUAUAACCAGUAUCAACGACAGCCCUACGUUGCCAAUGGCUACAUUGGCAGCAGGAUCCCCAAUUUGGGGCAAGGCUUCUCCUAUGACCAGCUAUCAAACUCCUCGGAAUCCAGCAAUGAGGACCUCUACAACGGCUGGCCGUUGUUUGAUCGACGCUUUGCAGGCGCGUUCAUUGCGGGAUUCUAUGACUUGCAAGAAAACACCACGGGCACAAAUUUCCCCGAUUUACUAGAAAAUGGCUACGAAAGCGUCAUUGCCGCAAUUCCCCAAUGGACAACAUUGAAAAUCCGCACCAGCAAAAACGGACAAAACUUUACCUUGGACCCAUCGCUUGACAUUGAGGAGAUUGGAAACGUGUCAAACUAUGUGCAGAACAUGUCAUUGUCAACAGGCAUUGUCAGAACCCAAUUUACAUGGUUGAAUGAGUUUGAUGUAACCUAUACGGUCUUGGCCCACAGAGUGGAGAUCAACCUCGGCUUGGUUGACUUGACCAUCCAGAGUCGCUCCAACGAAACAAGAGAAUUGCAAGUCAUUGACGAGAUUGACUUUAACACUUCACAACGAUGCGAGUUGAACCACGUGGGCCACGACAAUGCGGGCAUAUUCAUGGUGUUUGAACCGCUCAAUGUAGACUAUGUGCAUGGAGCAGUAUAUUCCAAAUUGGUUUCAGAUGAGCAGAUAAUGCGAGAGUCGACAUCUCACAUAGCUCGACAAGCAACAAAAUUCGAGCUAAAUCCUCACGAGAAUACCCAUUUCUCCAAGAUUGUGGGGAUUGCAUCGACCGAUUUGCACCCAAAGACACUUGCCACCCCGAAAAAUGUGAGAGAGUUUGCCCAAAACGUGGCUCACAAGUACGACUCUUUUCUGAAAAUCAUCGAUUCGCACAUUGAAGCAUGGCGCCAGAGUUUGGGAUCGGUGCCUCGAAUAUCUUUCCCCCUGGAGUCCCUUUUGGACUUGGGCACCCGAGCCUCGAGCUUCCACUUGUUGGCAAACACAAGACCAGAGGCACAGGGGUUGACGGGCGCAGUUGGUGUUGGUGGCUUGAGCUCCGAUAGCUACGCCGGUAUGGUGUUUUGGGACACAGACCUCUGGAUGUUCAACGGUAUUCUACCGUUGAAUCCGGCACACGCAAAAAGUAUCGUCAACUACCGAGUGCACACUCACAAGCAAGCACUAGAAAACGUUCCCCUGGGGUAUGUGGGAGCCGUUUACCCUUGGACAAGUGGAAGAUUUGGCAAUUGCACCGCCACCGGGCCCUGUCUCAAUUACGAAUACCACAUCAAUCUGGCGGUGGCCAUGGCCGCGUGGGAACUAUACUUGAGUGGGUUUGCCAACGACACCUACUUGCGCAAUGUCGCAUAUCCCUUGAUCAAGGAUGCAGCUACUUUUUAUUCCGAUUACCUUGUACGAUACAAUGACACUACCGACCAGUUCACCACACACAACCUCACUGACCCCGACGAAUACGCAAACCACGUUGACAAUGCAGCAUACACCAACUCGGGCAUCUCUUUGGUUAUGCAAUGGGCAAUGACCAUUGCCGAGCAUCUCGGGGAGAGCUACCCCAGCAAUUUCCCCGAAAUAUCCCAAAAAAUCCACAUUCCAUCGGCCAACAACUCCCAGGAUAUCACCUUGGAAUACUCAGGCAUGAACUCGACCGUGGGCAUCAAACAGGCCGACGUCAUCAUGAUGACCUACCCUUUAGAGAACAAUCUUAUAGAUGAAGAGCAGGGCUAUAUCAACAUGGAGUUUUACUCGAUGAAGCAAGUCAGCUACGGCCCCGCCAUGACAUACCCGAUAUUUUCCAUUGUCGCGGCAAAAUUGGCAAGCACUGGCUGUGCUUCUCAGUCAUACUUACACAAGGCGAUCCAACCUUAUUUGAGAGGUCCCUUUGCUCAGUUUUCAGAACAAAACAAUGACGAUUUCAAUACAAACAGAGGCACGCACCCGGCAUUCCCGUUUUUGACUGCCCAUGGAGGCUUUCUACAGGCAACGUUGCAAGGUCUUACAGGCUGGCGACACAAAUUUGAAGUCGAUUCCAAUGGCGCAAUUUCAAGAUUUCUUCACCUCGAUCCAAUUGCUUUGCCGUGUCUAGACGGAGGUGUCCACUUUGAUUUCCUACAUUAUGACAACCACACACUUUCCAUGCGGAUCAACGAGACUCAUUUCUACAUCAAAAACAACGGCAAAACUUUUGCAGGUGCAAAUGGUUUCAUAAAUUUCGCUCUCGCGGAGCGUAACCCCGACCACGGCAUGUAUACCUUGCACGAUGGAGAAGAACGGGCCUUUGCGCUAUUCACUCCCGGAAAAAGCUUUGUCGAUAGUAUAUCCGAAUGUGGAGAUGCAACGUUUUACAACAUCACCGAAGGUGCAUAUGGCGUCGCGGCCAUAUCCAUAAACGACGGAGACAACACCACCAGAUGGCAAGUCAAGGACAACGACACCGUGGGCAAAGUCCUCGUCGACCUCCACUCGAUCAAGAACGUCUCCAGCGUCACGUUCAACUGGGCAGAUAGGCCGCCACGCCAGUUGAAGCUUUCGCAGUACGUAAAGUCCACCUUUACCAAAGCAACAGAAUUUUUAGCGAGGGUCGAUUUCGGAGUCAACAUUUACAAAAACUACCGCUUCGCUAACCCCGAGGAUAAACUCUACAACCAAAGCGAAGUAUUCGACGUGGUUCACUCUACUGAUGUCGUCAUCAGCGAGCCGUUUUCAGAGGAGGAGCACAACCAAGUCAUGGUCCCCGUGCGACACAACACCACGUCUUUCACCUUGGACCUCUCGUGCCGGUUCCUCUUGAUUGAAGUGGAAGGUGUUCACGAUAGCAGCAGCAGCAGCAGCAACGAAGAUGGCGGUGCAAAACUAGCCGAAGUUGUAUUUUAUUAA